AUGAACAACACAGUUAUGGGACCAUAUUCUCGAACAAGACCAUGUGCUCCGAAGCCAUGUCCUGAUGGCUCGAAUGCCUGUGCUGAGGGAUAUUCACUCUACCCCAACUCCAAACUCAAUCAAGUUCUCUGUGGAAAUGUGUCUCUGCCGAGUGACUAUGUGAUGCCAAAGUGUCGAAUCACAAAAGUCCUCGCACACUGUGCUUUUCCAAAUCUUGGCAUUUGGAGUGGCUGGAAAUCGAUGGCACCAUGCACGGCAACCUGUGGACUCAACGGAAUGGUCACUCAGAACAGAACUUGCUUGUCUCAAAGCAAAGGCCACAAAUGCACCGGCUCCUCAACAAGAACGAUUCAUUGUCCCAAACUCGCCUGUCCAGGAGAUGUGUGUGCAUUGGACACAAAAGCGGUGACGAAUCUUGUGACUGGCAAAAGGCUUUGCGGUGUCGGCCUGCCCCAGGAUCCCGUUUUGCAAAUGCCCUUAUGCACGACAACAACCAAAAAGGCUACGACAAGGGCCACAACGAAGACAACGAAGAAGCCGACCACAAAGACCCCAGCUCUACCGUGCUUCACUCAUUAUGCCUCAUCCACAAAAUAUGCGAAUUGUGCCGCUGUUGGUGCUGGCUUCAAAGCUGUUGGUGGAUCGUGUUACAAGGCAAUUUAUGUGAAUGCCGAUUAUGCUGGAGCAAGAGCCAAAUGUAAGGCUGCUCAUGUGGAUGCGGACUUGGCCACGAUUCGAUGUGAUGCGGAGAACACGGGAGCUUCUGGUGUUGUGUCGGCUGCUCUGAAGACUCAAUGUUUAUCGUUUGGAGAGUUCUUCCACAGUCAACUGUUGUUGGGAAUCAAUAAUGUGACAAGAACUAGUGGAAUUUCCUGGACGAAUGGAGCCAAUACGACUUAUCGGUUUCACAUUUACGAGUGCUUUUUG